AUGACUAUUCAAAUCGAGCCUUCGGAGCUGGGCUUCAAGCCUGCAGGCCCUUUCAACCAUGAGGUUUGCCAGGUGCUCCGCUUGAGCAACCCAAACCAGGAAGCUGUGGUUUUCAAGGUCAAAACCACCGCUCCGAAGCAUUAUUGUGUGCGCCCCAACUCGGGCCACAUCGAGCCGGGCCAGUCUGUUGAGGUUCAAGUGCUGCUGCAAGCUAUGAAGGAGGAGCCUGCUCCAGGUGCCAAGUGCAAGGACAAGUUCCUGGUCCAGGCCGUCCCGGUCUCCCGUGGCUUGGAGAAUGCCACCGUCUCUCAGAUCUUUGAUCAAACCCCCAAGGCCGACGUGGUUGAGCGCAAGAUCCGUGUCGUCUUCAUCGCAACAGAUGCCUCCUCAGACAAGGCCAACGAAUCGGUUCUCGACGAGGAACCCCCCUCGUAUAACUCCCCCGGCGGCGGUAACUUCCAGACCCCUGCUCCCAAGAAGAUCCAAUCCGACGAAGCUUCCCCGAUCCCCGCCCCCGACUUCGCCGAGAAAUACAGCCCCGAAUCUCCCCAGCGCGAGCCCGCAUCCGCCAUUUCCACCGCGCGUUCUGCCGUUGCCAAUGCCCUGCCCUCAAGCGAUGAUGUCAAGGCUCAACUUGCCGAAGCCAAUGCCACAAUUCAGCGCCUCAAGGACCGCCUCGCAGACCAAGGUCUCCGGCAACGCAAGACUGGCGCCGAGGCCGGCUCGGCCGCCCCCGCCACUAUGCAGCAGUCACAUGCGCAAGGGCAGGGUGGUGUGUCGAUCCAGAUUGUCGCGGCACUGUGUCUGCUGAGCUUCCUGAUCGCCUACUUUUUCUUCUGA